AUGUUGGCCAUAUUCCACAAGACGUUUGCGCAUCCGCCGCAGGAGCUCAACAGCCCCACAGCGGGCGGCUUGCGGGUGCCGAAGAACCCGGAAGAGAUCUUGAAGGCGUUUCACGCCGCCCACCCGGAACAGUCCUUCUCGGCCAACUUCAGCGGCGGCGCCGCCCUGGCUUGCACCACCUCCAUCCGCCAGAUAACAGUCCACAGGAGGUAUCCUCUCUCGUCCAUCCUCGUUGCGUCGGAUCCUGCAUCUUUCUUUGUUGUCCUCUAUUUAUCUGGGGAAAUGUGGAUCGGGGCGGAGGCUGGACGUCCCUAGAGUUUUCCUUUGGUGCACGAGACCAGGAGAAGUGGAUCGAAUUUCUCAGAUCUGGUCCGCCAAUGGAGCCCCGAGAACAGAUCGGCCGAAAUGGGAACGAGAUCCACCGCGGAUCUCGGCUUCUUUUUUCUCAAACGGAUGGAAAUCAUGUAGAUCUGAGGGAUCUCCCCGUCCCUUGGCAACGCCUCGCAGUCCUAGGCUCCUCACACUUGGGAUCUCCCCCUCUACGCAGGUUGUUCUGUAGCUUCGACGACAUCUACUGCCUCUUCUUCGGGAGCCUUGACAACCUCAGUGCUCUGAUAAAGCAGUACGGACUGAGCAAGGCCACCAACGAAGCCCUCCUCGUCAUUGAGGCCUACCGCACUCUUCGCGACCGCGGGCCGUACCCGGCGGACCAGGUCGUCAAGGACCUCAGCGGCAGCUUCGCCUUCAUCGUCUACGAUAACAAGGCCGGCACCGUCUUCGCCGCACUGGUACGGCCUCGGUGAUCAUCCCCCCCUUUCCACCUCCCUUCCCUUCUCUUCCUUCCCAGAUCCUGAAGCGCCGGGGGUUCCCUUUCCUUUGCAUGCAGAGCGCUGAUGGAGGGGUGCCCUUGUUCUGGGGCCUGGCUGCGGAAGGAUCCGUGGUGAUCUCCGACGAAGUGGAGAUAAUCAAAGGCGGCUGCGGCAAAUCCUUCGCUCCUUUCCCCAGUGGUAUGUACCAGGAGUUGUGAUCCCUGCGCCGCCGGGAGCGCGCGUAAUCUGACGGUCUCCUCCCCCGCCGGUGGUUGCAGGUUGCAUGUUCCACAGCGACGGAGGGCUGAGGAGCUUCGAGCACCCGAUGAACAGGAUGAAGGCGAUGCCGAGGGUGGACAGCGAGGGCGUCAUGUGCGGGGCCAACUUUAAGGUGGACGCGUACUCCCGCAUCAACAGCAUGCCCCGCGUCGGCAGCGCCGCUGACUGGACCACCUGGGACGAAGCCCAGCCAUAG